AUGAAACGACAGAUCAGAAACAAACCACAACCCAGUCCAAAGAAGCCUCUCGAAAACCAGCCUCCGCGACCCAGACGGUGGACCUUGACGGUCGACCCUAAUCUGACAACAACGACUGGCCAGACGCUCUUCGACACGGGCCAGAACAAUACCUCGGGCCUGCUUUGUAAAGCUUCUUCUACAAUCGGAUCCGGCGAUCUCGACGGCCAUUCAGGUAACCAGAUCCAGUUCACAGACCUCUUCAAAUGGGGUAUCAUCCAACUUGACCUUUCCGAUAACGAAGGAAGAUUGACUGGGAUCAAUGGAUAUCAAGUCGCUUGGGACCGGUGCAGCUCGACCCCAUACCCGUUCUCUAAAGCUCGGAAGAUUGUGAUCCCCUAUGAUGAUACAAUUUCAAUCAGCAUCAAGGCCUUGUAUGCGUUGGCCGCUCCGAUCGGCGGGGUCGGGUUCUGGGACAUGACCGGCGAUCAUCACUCCAUGCUCGUCGACUCUGCUUGCAAAAAUCUCGCCAAGUUUGAUUGA